GUUGAAUUAAACGAUGUAUUGUACUUGCUCGAGCGAGUUUAUUAGAUAUUGGUUAUUUUCUCAUUGAACACUGACGGAAUAUCAGUUGAUUGUCAGAAAGGGAUAAUGUUAUAAGAUACUUUGAAACAUUACUCUUUCUGCAGAUAUAUUCUACAAUUGAAAUAGCUCCAUGUCAACGGAACACUGUACUGAUGGACAACGACUCAACAUUAAACGGUAAUUUCUCCAGCAAUGAACAGGACUUUGAAGAAACGCGACAAUUUAUUGCUUCACUUGAAAAAUAUGCAGUACCAAUAAUAUGUUCUUUUGGAUUGAUUGCAAGUACGUUGUCUUUUACUGUGUUUGCUCAAAAAUUCUUAAGAAGAAAAUCAUGCAGUAUAUUUUUAGCGGCUAGAAGUCUAAGCGACAAUGGAUUUCUAAUCACUCUUUUAAUUAUGUGGACGUCUUCAGUGUUUGACUUAAAUCUAAGUAGAAUAGCUGGUAUAUGUCAAGUAAUUGUUUUCUUCACUUACGUGUUUGGUUGUCUAUCGGUAUGGCUAGUUGUAUUUGUAACAAUAGAAAAUUACAUACGGAUAUGUAAACCUUUUAUGGUCAAUAGUUUGUGUCAAACAACGAAAGCUAAAUAUGCUGUGAUAACGCUUGUAGUGUGUACAUUAUGUUGUUACAACUUUCCAUUAUGGACAAUGACCGGAGAGUGUACACCAAAAGUUAAACACUACAAAUUUCUUAGGAUAAUGGUUUAUGUUGACAGUGUUAUAACCCUUGUUGCUCCUUUAAUUAUCAUGGCAUUUCUCUUGUCUCGGAUUGCUUUGUCUUCACUAUCAUCAUGUGAGCGUCAUAGACGUUUUAGUUCAACAUCUGCACAGAGAAUCAGUGACCUUAAGACAAAAGUUACAACAAUGCUUCUGGCAGUCACGCUAAUUUUUAUCACAUUAAACCUUCCCUUACAUGUUGUGAAAUUACGGCUUCUCGUGAUAUCAUUCAUUAAGGAUCAAAUAGAUGUAUCCACGCCAGUUGAUUUAACCGUACAAUCUAUAUCUCAACUGAUUUAUUAUUUAUCUUUGGCAAUUAAUUUUGUUGUGUACUAUAUUUUUGGAAUGUCGUACAGAAGAACAUUUAUUGGUCUUUUCUCUGGAAGAAAAAAGAACGUAUAUUCUCAGACGGAUUACAGUACUUUGGCGACUUCAAGAACUCGGAAAAUUGGUCAGUCUGUCCAACCAGCACGGAAAACGGACAAUCAAACUAUAGUAUAGUAAAUGUACAAGUAAAAGAAGCUGAAACACGGAUAGAAUAAAGAUUUAAUUCUUAUAGAGAGAUAAUCUAUUUUACGUGCUGCUUCACUGAUCACUUGUGUCUUUUUAAUUAUUUUUAAAAUUAAAUAAUUCCCCAAAAUACUUGUAAUGAUCUUAGUAAGGAAAAGGGUUAAAAACACUCAAAAUGAUAUAAACAAAGUCACAGGUUGUCUUAACUUUAUAUUACAAGUACGCGUUAAACAUUAAAAAUUAUUAAAAUCAUAAAAUGUACAGUGUUCGUUUGAUAU